AUGCAUGGCGAAGCACCAGAUGUUAUUCGUUUGAGUAUACACUUACCUAACCAGUAUUUGGUAACAUUUUUUGAAGAUGAAUCAUUAAAAUAUAUUGUUCACAGAUCAAUUAAUCAGCAAACUAUGUUGACUGCAUGGUUUCAAGUCAAUCGGAACCCUUCUCUUGCAGAUUUUGCAAAAGAAUAUACUUAUGCACAAUUUUCACGUAUGUUUGUUUUUGAUAAAUGGUCAAAGAAAUCGAAAUUAUAUAAAUGUUUAGAUGCUAUUGAUCCACAAUUAUUCAAACAUCUUCGUACUGUAAAUAGAGUCGAAUAUCCAACAUUCAAAGAUGCAUACCAGGAUCACUGUCUUGCCGAAGCUGCAAACUUAAAAACUAGACAGCAACUACAUCUUUUAUUUGCCACAAUUUUGCAAACGUGGAAUCUGAAUCUUCAAUUGACUGAUGAGGAUAUUGAGAAUCAUUGUUUGAUGCUAUUAAACAACAUUCUAAUUCAACAAGAAAAAACUCUAAAAGAUUUUCUGAAUAUGCCAGUUUCUACAGAAGUUAACGAUAUUA